AGUUCUGAUGCAGGGUCUCGGCAGUUCAUUUUCCCCAGAGAUGCUUUUCGACCCGCUGAGUUCUUCCAGCAGCUUUUUUUUUGUUUCAGGCUCAGUUUUAAAGCGUCUCAUACCUGUUAAAACAACGCUACAAUCAACAUCACAAAUCUUUAAAGAACACUGCAGUCAUCUGGUUCCUCAACUUUAUAUUGAUGUUUUAAAUCAUGUGCAACCACUGAAAAUAUAUACCUUCGACUUUAACGACGGGCAACGCAUCGUUAUUAAAUUAUAUGAUUCAUUAAAUGCCCUUUCGUCCAAUUUACCUCAACGACUCUGCAAAGUAGGGAACCUGCAUUCGCGACCAGGGCGAGAACUGAGCAAUUUGCAUUGCAGUACGGAGGCGGAGCUUUGGUGCUGGCGGAUCUUUCCCGGUUUGGGAAAGAGGCAACCAAGAGGGGUCGGCCUUUCACACGCUAUUGAGGCUGCCGGCCGAUGGAUAGAGCGGGCGGCCAAUGGGCGCGCUAAUCCGAAUCCCACACUGGAAUAACCAAACGUCGCUAGGGAGCAACCUAGAGACGCAACGCUUUGUGUUGACCGGGAAACAGCGAGCAACAAUUUGAGCCCGUGUGCUGGCACAGCUCUUUCUCCGGCUUCCACAACUUCAAGUACAGCGAUGUAAUCAGAAAAAGUGCACCGUCGGCAAGUUACACGCGUGAAACACUAGAUUUUGCGAUUUUCUUUCUUUUUUUAAAAAGUUGACGAUCUGAAUUAUUUUCAAACAAUUUUGGAUGUUGCAACAGUAACAAAACAAUUCCCCCUCUCGGUGUUUGCUGCUCGGAGACAGGAGGAUAUUUUUGAUGGCGUCUCAGCAGUCCAGAAUUCAAGCCUAUCUGGAGAAAAACAAGAUCGGCCUUCUGUUCGAGGAAAUGAUGACAAAACUAAUAACAGAGACACCCGACAAGCCGAUUCCAUUUUUAAUAAGCCACCUACAAAAUAAGCAAGGAAGUCCCAGCCAGCUGCAAAGAACAUUUUCAGGCUCAGCUGCUCUCUGGGCUGAAACUGGAAACAAAGGGUUGCGGCGAGAUAAUAGAGGUUAUGAAAAACCAUGGCUUACAAAUGCUAAAAAGCCAAAAAAGUCAAAAAGUGACCUUGCAAUGUCCAACAUAUCACCAUCAUCACCAGAAUCAAAAUCCUUACCAAGAUCAAUAGAACAUGCUGCUUGGGACUGGCAAAGAAAACCAGAAAGCCACAACUUUGAUGAACUGAAUCACAUCCUUCAGGAAAGCAAGAAGCUGGGCAAGGCUCUGGAAAACCUCUCUCGUAGUAUUGCUACUCCAGAUGAAUUUGAUCAAGAUCUACGGGCUCAUAAUUCAUCCCUUGUCAGACCCCGAGUGGUUGGAGAAUGGGUUGGUCGUGAGGAAACUGAUGCUGAUCCUUUAGCUGCAGAGAUGCUACAGCCUCCUGUACCUAGAAUUAAGGAUGAAACUGAACAGGCCCACAGCCCUGGAAGCACAAAAUUGGAGCAGAAGAGUAAAGGCUUGAGACAACAGCAGCAACAGCAUAAGAAGCUUUUAGCUGCAAUGCUGUCCCAGGAUUCCUUUGACUCUGUGCAUAGUGCAGCACCAUCUGUGGCUGAAGAAGACAUAGAAGAUGAGGAUGAUGCCAUGGAAUUACUGGAGGACCUGGAUGAUUUAAGGAUGGAGGGCAUUACUGAUCACGUGCCUUCUGGUAGCAGGUUUAGCCAAGGUCGAAGCCUGUACUCUGCAGAACCUCAAGCCAAAGUUACGCUCAACAUCUGCUCGAGGUGUGCCAGAUUCCAGGGAGAUAGUUUAAUGGAAGAAUCUGAUGAUGGAACACAGAUGUCGCAUUCCCCUGAACAAGCAGUCCCUAACCUCUGUGCAGCUUCUCCAUUGCUGGGGGAGGAACGAGUGGUGCAAGAUGAAGAAGAAUUUGAGAGUGCUUCUCAAGUGUCAGGGGCUCGCCGACCAUUCUGGGAAUCCUGUGUGUUGUCUAGUGGAGGUUCCUUGAAUCAAAAGCAAUCAAAAGAUUUCUUGGCCUCAAAGGAACUGUUAGCAGUGGAGAAGCAUCUCAAUGAACUUGACAAGGAUCUUGCUGCAAAAGCACUAACAAUUGAAUCUGAAAUGCAAAGGAGUUCCAAUAUUCAAAGUAGAUUAAGCAUGUCAAAAUACCAUGGAAGUCUGUCACAGACAUUAUUGGGCCAAAGUUCUAGACCUCAAACACCACCAAGUCUUAUUGGGAAAGAUUUUCCACUGACCCAAGGAAGCAAACUAUUGCAGAGUUCCAGUAACCAAAACAGUAGGCCAGAGACUCCAAACAGCCAGCACAACAGGCCUCGAACAUCAUCAGCACAAGGAAGCAGGUCUGCAACCCCGAACAGUCAAUUAUUUCAAAGUCCACUUUCUACCCAUCCCAUGACUAAAGAAGAAACAUUCAGCAAUCCAAAGAACAAACUGUCAAUGUUCACCACUCAAGUUGGGAGACCCCUUGAUUCUCCAAUUAGCCAGGCUGGAGUAAUUGCUGGGAAUAUUUCACAAAGGAGCUAUUUUUCUGAGGAUGAAUCUUUUCCACAGUUGUUAGCUACUCGCCAACCAUGGACUUUACCCAGUAAUACAGAUAAUGAAGAUGUGGAUCCAGGUCAAGACAAAUGUUUAUGACCUGAAAAAGUGACUUCCAGAAAGAUUUAACACAUUACACAGCUGAAGACAAAUGAAACGCUUGAAUACCUUCUGUGCAUUGAAGUAAAACUACACAAUUUUUAUAUUUUUGUAAGGACAACCAGUUACAAUGAGGAAUUAUAAAAUGGAUAUAAUAGAAUAUUGCUUUGCACCAUUAAUUAUUGUGGCCUGUUUGCAAUAAAUAAUUUUAAUUAAUUAUGACAAGAAAUAAAUUUGUGUUAUGAAUGCCAUGUAUGUUUCAUUGGGAGUAUUAUAUUUUCAGUAUAUUUUUAUCAAACAUUUGCUGGGAAAUCAAAUGAAUGUUGCACUUUUAUCUUAAGCAAAUCAUCAGUUUCAAAUGCAUGAGUACUUGUUUAAACAAAAUACAAGGAUCCUUCCUUUACACAGUUUACAAUACAAUACACCAACAGACCUCUCCACUCGAUUUUACUGCAGCUUACUGAUUAUUGUGAUGGGAUCUUCUUUGGCUUGGAUCAAAAAUAAUGACUUUUACUUGAUUAAAGAAUUAUAUCUUUGGG